AAAGAACAUCACUGUUAUUUCAAACGUGUGCUCAAACCAACGGCUUUUUUGUCAGUCCCUCGGAAACUCUUACACUCAUCAUACACAACAAAGAGAUAGACCAAAUAUUUCUGGUGCUAACCGAACAAAGCAAAAAAGAAAACACAACACUAUACCGUCAGUGUGAUAUUUCCGUUACUUUUUCUCAAUUCAAACGAAAAGUAAAUACCAAGCGAGUAAUCUUUGCUUUCUUUCACCACAACUAAAAACCCUAUAUCAACAUGUCCAUCUCUGAUUUCCGCAAAAAGAAGUUGUUGUUCUUGUUCAAUGUGUUCUUUGAUGUGAAUCAAAGCGGGGAAAUUGACAUUAAAGACUUUGAGUUGGCUAUUGAGCGUGUUUGUCAACUACGUGGCUGGGCAAAGGACACACCAAAGAAUAAGGAAAUCCAUUCUGUCAUGUUGGAAAUUUGGGAGGGACUACGCUCGAAAGCUGACAAGGACAACGAUGGUCAGGUUUCCGUUGACGAAUGGUGCAACAUGUGGGACGCCUAUGCCAAGGAUCCCAGCACUGUCAUGGAUUGGCAAAACAAAUACAUGAACUUUAUGUUCGAUCUGGAAGAUGCCUCCACCGAUGGCAGCAUUGAUGUUGAAGAAUUUGCCUUGGUUUGCUCCAGCUAUGGUUUGGAGAAGAAGGAGUGUGAGGAGGCCUUCACCAAAAUGGCCCAGGGUAAUGCUGAAGUAACACGUGACCAAUUUGCUGCCUUGUGGAAGGAAUACUUUUCGGCUGAGGAUGCAAAUGCACCCGGAAACUUUAUCUUUGGCAAAACUUCAUUUUAACAAAAUUAAACUGAAAGAAAAUAGAGAAAAUAACAAAAAAUUUUCCAAGCAACACCAAACCAAAAAAAAUAACACUGAUGAUUAUAUAAUGAAAUGCAAAAAUGCCAGAGAAGAAAUGUUAUAUUUGAAAAAAUAUUAAAAAAAUAUACAUAUAUAUAAAUUAAACACUUGUUUUUCCAUUUCUUAAUUUUUUUUCUAAAUUCCCCAAAAGAAAUCCUGUUAAUUGAAUACUAACUACAGCAAAAAACAAAUUUCGAUUAGUCAAAAAAACCUAAAUAUAACAAAAAACAAUAAACAAAGUAACUGAAAGCUAAAUGUUGAAUUUAAUAACACACAAAAAAUACCAGAAUUAUAUAUAUAUACAGAAAAUAAAUAUAUAUUUAUAAAAACUAAUAAAAAUAUAACAGAAAAAAACCAUGAAAUAGCAUUUUUUUAGAAAGUUGGCCAAAAAACAUGAGAUUGUUCGACACCAUAGAACAACUUGAGGGGAAAAAAUUCGAGCCUAUAUUUUGGUGAGGAAUUGGUAAUCAAAAUUUAAAAACAAAAAAUUUUGAAUAGAAUAUUUUUUUCUGAAAACUUGAAAAAAUUAAACAACACACAAAACUUAUUUAUAGAGAAUUUAUUUUCCAUAGAUGUUUGUUAUCAAAAAAAAAAGGAAAAAAAUAACUACCCCUAAAUCAAAACACAAAUUUUUGUGACUCAAAAUUAGAAAAACCUCCCCAAAAACAAACAACAAACCCUGCAACAAGAAAGGCAAGUGUUUAGUUUUUUUCCAGUAUUAUUUAUAACAAAAAAAAAAACUAUAUUUUAUGUAAUCAACAAAAGUAAACUCAAAACCAGAUUAGUGUUCUCUUUUUAUGGGUCAAUUUAAUAAAAAAAAAAAAAACAAAAAAUAGAUAUUUACGGGAAA